CAAAAGGCUCACCCAGGGUCUUACUACUAUCGAAACACUAUUUUGACAAGACCGCCGUCUACGAUUGCCCGUUUUAUGAUCGGCAUUGACGAUCGCCCUCGUUGACCAACCUCGGGUGCGUACUAGUUCUCCCUCCCUCGCUGGGUUCCUGUCGACCCCAGGCAAGGACUGAUCGCAGGACCGCUGCGAAGGGAUCCAUCCCAUCCAACCCGCCGUCUGUAUAGGGCUGCGGUGCCUUGCGUCCGUCGCCCAGGAAAUGCCCGUGACCCCCACGAUCUAAUCGCUGUCCCCAGGUUCCUCGUUCAUUCUUCCGAGCCUACCCCAGACAUUUCUUCUGCUGCUGCUGCUCUACUUCUCACCCUCGAUCGGAUGGAGAUGGACCUUCAAAAAACGAAGGAGGCCCGGCGGAAUACGCCGGGCAAGCAAGAAGAGAACUCAGAAUGCCCCCUGGAAGCAUAUGGAGGAAGUGGUCAUGCGAAGGAUUCGCCCAAGAACGACUCCUUGGAUCACCGAGAUGCGAGUAGCAAUUCCGAUUCAGCGAACAUGCACCAGCGUCGCCAACCCGGCAAAUUCAGCUACCAUGAAGGUGUCGCCCUGACUCUAUCUCCGUCCAUGCAGGCAGCAGCCCGAGCUCUGGUGCCCUCGCCGCAAGCAAUGAGCAUCCCCACGGCCCUGGGUCUCAGCGCGAAUCAGCACCGCCUGUUACUGGCCGCCAAACGGUACCCGCCCGUGACCAAGAGCACGUUGAGCGAGUUGGACCUUCCCUGCAUCAUGAGCAACAUCAACCUCCGGAUGGACGCCAACUUUGACCGAGAUCUGCACUUCAAACCCGACUUGGAUGGUGAAAAGGGCCGGCGCAAACGAAAAGAGGCCGCAGACUACUGGGAGGCGAUGGCCGUUGAGAUCGCCAUCUACGCAUUUGGCGCCGCACAUGAGAAUCCAGCCGACAACUCACCGAAUGGCCCGCCGCAAACCUUCGAGCCCCGACUCCCUGCCAUGUUCGAGACCUUGCAAGACGUCCUGAAAACGCUCGUUCCCGAGCGCGACCAUCCGGGGGUGGUGCAGAACCUCGAAGUGACGCUCCUGAUGCAGCAAAUACAGAAGGGGGUUCUGGAUAUGGUCGGAGUGGCACGCUGGCUGGCGGCACUGCUCAAAACGCAUUGCGCGCCCAUGCGCGAUGAAUGGGCGGAUCGGAUGGUCGAGCAGAUUCGGUCCGGGUCGGAGACGCAAAACUCGCUCGAGAUUGUCGGUGGACUCCAAACGCUGUUCUCGAUUCUGGAAGCGAUGAAAUUGGAUGUUGCCAAUCACCAGAUCCGCGCAUUCCGGGUGCUGCUCAUCGAAGACACGGUUCCGUUCCUGCAGGAGUAUUUCCGGGGCAAGAUUGAGAGGGACAACUUCCGCGUCGAGACCUCGCGACUUUGGUAUCUGGAUCUCCGCGACCGAGAACUGCGCCGGAUGCCGAAGCCUGCGCAUGUGGAUGGGUUCUGGCCGAUCUCAUUGCUGUUCGGCGGGAUAUCCGACUUCUUACUGCAGUUUCACAAUCCAGAGGGCUUCCCUGAAACGUUCGUCUUCGAUUCGGACCGGCUGUGGCAGCUGCGGUCGUGUCUCCAGAACCUGAUCAGCCUCGAUAUCUGCUGGUUCAUCUUCGAAUCAUACAUCAACGCGCAGAAACGAUAUCUAUCGGCGCCGGUGCAAACGUACGCGACGUUCCGCACUCGCAUUGGAUCACUGAUGGAAGAGAACGAAGAGUGCCCCCGCGGGUCCCCUCUCUGGCUAAAGAACGUGCGGUGCAUUGCGCUGGAGAUUGCACGGUUCGCAUGCGCAGCGUGCUUCCAGGAUGGAUCGGUGUCAGAUGAUGUCAUUGCGCCGAUUGAAACGGCGCUGGAGUGGCACCUCUCGAACGAGUCGUACUUGUUCCAGUACUUCCAGAGCUCUCUGCGCGAGAAGCUGCUUGGGGCGACGUUUGCGACGGCGAAAAAGUACCUGAACAUGUCACCCCUGGCGAUCUGCGAGUCGCAACGCAACCAACCGCAGGCGUCGAUGGGGCAGCAGCACUAUGACGUUGAGAGGAUCUCGAUGCGACUAGCGCACAUGGGCGUGCUACACUGGAAAGUUUGGGCGCCGAUUCUGUACGUGCGCGAGAGCGUGACACUGACUGACGUGGCGAUGAGCGCGAGGGCGACUGACGUGGCACGGUCGUCGACAUUUUGAUUGUGGAUUCGAAAAUGCUUGUGGGUUCGGUGGAGUUUGUGAUUGUCUUCUGAUUGCAGUUCAGCGUGUUGCAUUGGCUUUGGUUGGCGUCCCUGGAGGGCAUAUAUAUUGAUUAAUGGUGGUGUUUGUUCGGCAGAAAAGAUAGAUGGAGAGUUGUGACACUGUCUGAUAACUUGAUAUAUCCUUAGAUAAGUGUUAAUGAGGUAUUUAGCCUUUACGUGCUGUAGAGACUUUC